CCGCCGCCGCGGGUGUGAGGCGAAGCGGCCUGGCCUGGUUCCCUCCGCUGGGCAGCCCGCCCAGGAGCCGCCGCCGGGGUCUGCUCGCCCGCCGCCUCCGCCGCCGCCAGCUCGCUCCCGGCGGGCCUGCGCCGCGGCAGCCUGUGCCGCCCCCAGCGCCGGAGCCAUGGCGGGCGCCGCGUCCCCCUGCGCCAACGGCUGCGGGCCCGGCGCGCCCUCGGACGCCGAGGUGCUGCACCUCUGCCGCAGCCUCGAGGUGGGCACCGUCAUGACUUUGUUCUACUCCAAGAAGUCGCAGCGGCCCGAGCGGAAGACCUUCCAGGUCAAGCUGGAGACGCGGCAGAUCACGUGGAGCCGUGGCGCCGACAAGAUCGAGGGGUCCAUUGACAUUCGAGAAAUCAAGGAGAUCCGCCCGGGGAAGACCUCACGGGACUUCGAUCGCUACCAAGAGGAUCCUGCUUUUCGACCGGACCAGUCACACUGCUUUGUCAUCCUGUAUGGAAUGGAAUUCCGCCUGAAGACCCUGAGCCUGCAAGCUACGUCUGAGGACGAAGUGAACAUGUGGAUCAAGGGCCUGACUUGGCUGAUGGAGGAUACGUUGCAGGCGGCCACACCCUUGCAGAUUGAGAGGUGGCUGCGGAAGCAGUUCUACUCAGUGGACCGGAAUCGUGAGGAUCGUAUAUCAGCCAAGGACCUGAAGAACAUGCUGUCCCAGGUCAACUACCGGGUCCCCAACAUGCGUUUCCUCCGAGAGCGGCUGACGGACCUGGAGCAGCGCACCAGCGACAUCACCUACGGGCAGUUUGCUCAGCUGUACCGCAGCCUUAUGUACAGCGCCCAGAAGACGAUGGACCUCCCCUUCCUGGAAGCCAGUGCCCUGAGGGCGGGGGAGCGGCCGGAGCUCUGCCAGGUGUCCCUUCCUGAGUUCCAGCAGUUCCUCCUCGAGUACCAGGGGGAGCUAUGGGCUGUCGACCGGCUCCAGGUGCAGGAGUUCAUGCUCAGCUUCCUUCGAGACCCCUUGCGAGAGAUCGAGGAGCCCUACUUCUUCCUGGAUGAGUUCGUCACCUUCCUGUUCUCCAAGGAGAACAGCAUAUGGAAUUCGCAGCUGGACGCCGUGUGCCCCGACACCAUGAACAACCCCCUGUCCCACUACUGGAUCUCCUCCUCGCACAACACGUACCUGACCGGGGACCAGUUUUCCAGCGAGUCCUCCCUGGAAGCCUACGCCCGCUGCCUGCGGAUGGGCUGCCGCUGCAUCGAGUUGGACUGCUGGGAUGGUCCAGACGGGAUGCCAGUCAUUUACCACGGACACACCCUGACCACCAAGAUCAAGUUCUCAGACGUCCUGCACACCAUCAAGGAGCACGCCUUUGUGGCCUCAGAGUACCCGGUCAUCUUGUCCAUCGAGGACCAUUGCAGCAUCGCCCAGCAGAGGAACAUGGCCCAGUACUUCAAGAAGGUGCUCGGGGACACACUCCUCACCAAGCCCGUGGACAUUGCUGCUGACGGGCUCCCCUCACCCAGCCAGCUCAAGAGGAAGAUCCUCAUCAAGCACAAGAAGCUGGCUGAGGGCAGUGCCUAUGAAGAGGUGCCUACGUCCGUGAUGUACUCUGAGAACGACAUCAGCAACUCCAUCAAGAACGGCAUCCUCUACCUGGAGGACCCCGUGAAUCACGAGUGGUAUCCCCACUACUUCGUUCUGACCAGUAGCAAGAUCUACUACUCCGAGGAGACCAGCAGUGACCAGGGCAACGAGGACGAGGAGGAGCCCAAGGAGGCCAGUGGCAGCACAGAGCUGCACUCCAACGAGAAGUGGUUUCACGGGAAGCUCGGGGCAGGACGGGAUGGGCGGCACAUUGCCGAGCGCCUGCUCACAGAGUACUGCAUCGAGACCGGGGCCCCCGACGGCUCCUUCCUCGUGCGCGAGAGCGAGACCUUCGUGGGCGACUACACCCUCUCCUUCUGGCGGAACGGCAAAGUCCAGCACUGCAGGAUCCACUCCCGGCAGGACGCAGGGACCCCCAAGUUCUUCCUGACUGACAACCUCGUCUUCGACUCACUCUAUGACCUCAUCACACACUACCAGCAGGUGCCCCUGCGCUGCAACGAAUUUGAGAUGCGCCUCUCAGAACCCGUCCCGCAGACCAACGCCCACGAGAGCAAAGAGUGGUACCACGCGAGCCUGACCAGAGCGCAGGCCGAGCACAUGCUGAUGCGUGUCCCCCGGGACGGGGCCUUCCUGGUGCGGAAACGGAAUGAGCCCAACUCCUACGCCAUCUCCUUCCGGGCUGAGGGCAAGAUCAAGCACUGCCGCGUCCAGCAGGAGGGCCAGACCGUGAUGCUGGGCAACUCAGAGUUCGACAGCCUCGUGGACCUCGUCAGCUACUACGAGAAGCAUCCCCUGUACCGCAAGAUGAAGCUACGCUAUCCCAUCAACGAGGAGGCGCUGGAGAAGAUCGGCACAGCGGAGCCCGACUAUGGGGCCCUGUAUGAGGGCCGCAACCCCGGCUUCUACGUGGAGGCGAACCCCAUGCCGACUUUCAAGUGCGCCGUCAAAGCUCUCUUCGACUACAAGGCCCAGAGAGAGGACGAGCUGACUUUCACCAAGAGCGCCAUCAUCCAGAACGUGGAGAAGCAGGAAGGAGGCUGGUGGCGUGGUGACUAUGGUGGGAAAAAGCAGCUGUGGUUCCCGUCGAACUAUGUGGAAGAGAUGGUCAGCCCUGCGGCCCUGGAACCUGAGAGGGAGCACUUGGACGAGAACAGCCCCCUGGGGGACUUGCUGCGGGGGGUCUUGGAUGUGCCGGCUUGUCAGAUAGCCAUCCGUCCUGAGGGCAAGAACAACCGGCUCUUCGUCUUCUCCAUCAGCAUGGCAUCGGUGGCACACUGGUCCCUAGAUGUGGCUGCCGACUCACAGGAGGAGCUGCAGGACUGGGUGAAAAAGAUCCGGGAAGUGGCCCAGACUGCGGAUGCCAGGCUCACUGAGGGGAAGAUGAUGGAGCGGAGGAAGAAGAUCGCCUUGGAGCUCUCCGAGCUUGUCGUCUACUGCCGGCCUGUUCCCUUCGACGAAGAGAAGAUCGGCACAGAACGCGCCUGCUACCGGGACAUGUCGUCCUUCCCGGAAACCAAGGCCGAGAAGUACGUGAACAAGGCCAAAGGCAAGAAGUUCCUCCAGUACAACCGGCUGCAGCUCUCCCGCAUCUACCCCAAGGGCCAGCGGCUGGACUCCUCCAAUUACGACCCCUUGCCCAUGUGGAUCUGUGGCAGUCAGCUGGUAGCCCUCAACUUCCAAACCCCAGACAAGCCUAUGCAGAUGAACCAGGCCCUCUUCCUGGCCGGCGGGCACUGCGGCUACGUGCUGCAGCCGAGCAUCAUGCGUGACGAGGCCUUCGACCCCUUUGACAAGAGCAGCCUCCGUGGGCUGGAGCCGUGCGCCAUCUGCAUCGAGGUGCUGGGGGCCCGGCAUCUGCCGAAGAAUGGCCGAGGCAUCGUGUGUCCUUUCGUGGAGAUUGAGGUGGCCGGUGCUGAGUAUGACAGCACCAAGCAGAAGACUGAGUUUGUGGUGGACAAUGGACUGAACCCCAUGUGGCCAGCCAAGCCCUUCCACUUCCAGAUCAGUAACCCCGAAUUCGCCUUCCUGCGCUUUGUGGUGUAUGAGGAAGACAUGUUUAGUGACCAGAACUUCCUGGCUCAGGCUACCUUCCCGGUGAAGGGCCUGAAGACAGGAUACAGAGCUGUGCCUUUGAAGAACAACUAUAGUGAGGACCUGGAGUUGGCCUCGCUGCUCGUCAAGGUCGACGUUUUCCCUGCCAAGCAGGAGAACGGCGACCUCAGUCCCUUUGGAGGUGCGUCCCUGCGGGAGCGGGGCUGCGACGCCUCGGGCCAGCUGUUUCACGGCCGGGCCCGGGAAGGCUCCUUCGAAGCUCGCUACCAGCAGCCAUUUGAGGACUUCCGCAUCUCCCAGGAGCAUCUCGCUGACCAUUUUGACAGUCGGGAACGAAGGGCCCCGCGAAGGACUCGGGUCAAUGGAGACAACCGCCUCUAGCUGUGCCCCAGCCUCGUUGAGAGCAGCGGGUGCUGUGCACCUCACGGAGGGCCGUGGACUGGGUUCCUGGGAGGCUGCCUGCGUGGCAGCCUUCCUGGCCUUGCCGCCUGGAGCCUGGAUUCCAGCAGUGGACGCUAGACGGAAAGCAUGCCGUUAAUGAAAUGUAUCACUCACUGUUCGGGGCCUCCACGCCCCAGCUCUGGGUGAAGGCAAAAACUGUACUGUGUCUCGCAUUUAAGCACACGCAUCUGGCCCUGCCUUCUGGAGAUGGAGCCUUCCAUCUGUGGGACCAGGACCACGGCCGCAGCCUCUCAGAGAGAGAGGCUGCCUCAGCCGGCGGCAUGGGAGGCUCUGAGGGACCACUGACAUUCCUGAGAGGAGGGAAGGAGGAGCAGCUUUGCUGGGCUAGGGCGACGAAGUUUACAUAGUCCCGCAGCUUUAAAACCACAGCCGGGCAGGGAGGGAGGGUACGUGUUCCCGCAGUUCGGCCCUGGAGCCAGGGCGGAGGAGCAGAG